AUGACUUUUUUGCUCUUUUUUUUAUUUUUCUUCUUUUUUCUUCUUUUUUUUCUACCCCACGAAAUGAACUUCAACGGUUUUUGCACGUCAAUCGAAGAAGAAGAAGAAGAAAGCAAGAAAGGGAAAAAAAGGGCUGGUGACCAGGCAGCGUCUCAGCAUGUUUUGAAGAUCAGUCUGGGCCCUUCGUUAUCAUUGCACAGAUCGCCAGUUCGUUCUACAAUGGAUGUGGUCAGGAAACUUGCCGGAUUGGAGGAUUCCUUGACGGAUGAGACCCUGGCUCCAUUGAAGAAUUACAAAUACUCGAGUGUCGAUAAGUCGUAUAUCUCUCGAUAUAUACUCAAACACUAUGUACUGUCGCUCUCUUUCGCCCUUGUCAACACCUUCUUUUACUGUCUCCGAAUGGGGCUGAUAGGCUUGCUGUAUGCCAUGUAUAUAAACCCCGGACUAAUCAAAUUCUACCUUGUCACCUCUAGUGGAAUGCCUUUGUCGAGCUUUUGCCGCUAUGGAUCGCUCCCAACAUGGUCACCCUGCUUGGGUUUGGAUUCAUUGUUGGGAACGUAG